UGACCAGAGACUGCGGACACAGUACAGGAGAUGACCAGAGACUGUGGACACAGUACAGGGAUGACCAGAGACUGCAAACAGUACAGGGAUGACCAGAGACUGCGGACAGUACAGGAGAUGACUGCUGACCUUUGGGGAGGUGGGGAGCGGGUACCUGAAUUUGACAGGUACCCGCUCCCACUUCCGCGGAGUUGUUCUUUCAUCUUACCUGUUCCUCUAUCCAGCCGCGCGCUGUCUUCCCGGCUUCUGUAAUGGCGCUCGGCAUGACAGCCGGGUGCCCAGUGCGCAUGAGCGAUAAGCACUUGCGCUUUGUGAUUGGUCCGGCGGCUUCUGGGAUCUGUCAUGUGUCCCAGGUGCCGCCUUACCAU